CAAUAGGGUACUAAUAAGCUAGUAUGAUUUCAUACGCUAGAUUAUAUAGAAACCCGAAUCUUCCCUCCCUAAGAUAUUUCCCGGCAACAUUUUAAACCCUAAUUUUCUAGUUGUAUAACAUUAUUCUCCCCGCAGAGACCUAGGGUUUUUUACCGGAGCAAUUUCUACUAUAAUAAUGCCAUCCCAACCGUCGCCGGGGAAAAUCCACCGGCUAGAACUAGAAAACUUCAAAUCCUACAAAGGGUUUCAAACAAUCGGUCCAUUUUACGACUUCACAGCAAUUAUAGGCCCAAAUGGAGCCGGAAAAUCCAACCUAAUGGACGCUAUCAGUUUCGUCCUCGGCGUUCGCACUGGUCAGCUCCGUGGUGCACAGUUGAAGGACCUUAUUUAUGCCUUCGAUGACCGUGAAAAAGAGCAGAGAGGUCGAAGAGCUUUCGUGAGGCUAGUUUAUCAGCUUGCUACUGGUACUGAAAUUCAGUUUACUCGAACUAUUACUGGUGCUGGUGGUAGUGAGUAUCGGAUUGAUGGUAAAAUUGUCAACUGGGACGAGUAUAAUGCCAAAUUGAAGUCCCUUGAUAUUCUUGUUAAAGCACGGAAUUUUCUCGUCUUUCAGGGUGAUGUCGAGUCAGUUGCCUCUAAAAAUCCAAGAGAACUUACUAAUCUUCUUGAGCAAAUAUCUGGAUCUGAAGAGUUUAAGAGACGGUAUGAAGAAUUGGAAGAAGAAAAGGCAAGAGCUGAGGAGAAGAAGGCAUUGGCUUACCAGAAAAAGAAAACUGUAAAUAUGGAGCGGAAGCAGAAAAAGGAACAGAAAGAGGAAGCUGAAAAGCAUCUUCGGUUACAAGAACAACUGAAAUCUUUGAAGCAAGAAUACUUUCUAUGGCAAUUAUUUAACAUAGAAAAGGAUGUCGCAAAGGCCAAUGAGGAACUUGAUGCUGAAGAAGCGGUUGUCAAAGAAAUUGUGGAGAAGCUGGGGGAAUAUGAAAGUGCAUCUAGCAGCCAGAAAAAAGAACUAAGUGGAUAUAUGAAAGAGAUUGCAAUGUACGAAAGGAAGAUUGCUGAUAGAAAGAACAAACUUGACAAGAAUCAACCUGAAGUUGUAAAGUUGAAGGAAGAGAUGAAUCGGAUUACUUCAAAAAUAAAAAAUACGACUAAAGACCUUGAUAAGAAGAGAGAAGAAAAAAGAAGACAUGCGGAUGAAGUGAAGAAACUUCAGAGUGACUUGAGGGACAUUACUAAGCAGCUUGAUGAAGUGCGUCAAAAAAGUCAAGAAGCAGGUGGAAAACUUCAGUUAGCUGACAGUCAGUUAGAGACAUAUCACCAAAUUAAAGAGGAGGCUGGCAUGAAAACUGCAAAGUUAAGGGAUGAGAAGGAGGUUUUAGAUAGGCAGCAGCGUGCUGACAUUGAUGCUGAGAAGAAUUUGGAAGAAAAUCUUCAGCAAUUGGAAAAUCGGAAGCAUGAGCUGGAGUCUCAGGAGAAACAGAUGCAAACUAGGCUGAAGAAAAUUCUUGAUGCAGUUAAGAAGCAUGAUGAAGAACUGAAACGGGUGAAUGAAGAACAGCGUGAGAUGAAAAAUAAUCUUAGACGGUCCAGAGACAAAUAUGACAAUUUGAAGAAGCGAAUGGAUGAAGUAGAAGAUCAACUUCGUGAACUGAAGGCUGAGAGACAUGAAACUGAGAGGGAUGCCAAAUUGUCUCAAGCAGUUGAAACUCUGAAGCGUUUAUUUCCUGGUGUUCAUGGUCGGAUGACUGAUCUCUGCAGGCCAACACAAAAGAAGUAUAACCUUGCUGUAACUGUUGCAAUGGGCAGAUUUAUGGAUGCAGUAGUAGUUGAGAACGAACAAACAGGAAAAGAAUGCAUCAAGUAUUUGAAAGAACAAAGGCUUCCUCCUCAGACAUUUAUACCUCUUCAGUCAGUUCGUGUAAAGCCAAUAAUAGAGAGGCUGCGCACCUUGGGUGGAACUGCAAAGCUCGCUUUUGAUGUCAUACAAUUUGAUCCCUCAUUGGAGAAAGCUAUUUUGUUUGCUGUUGGUAAUACCCUUGUCUGUGAUGACCUAACUGAAGCUAAGCAUCUUAGCUGGAGCGGGGAAAGAUUUAAAGUUGUGACUGUUGAUGGGAUUCUGUUGACAAAGUCUGGUACAAUGACUGGUGGUACUAGUGGUGGCAUGGAAGCACGUUCGCAUAAAUGGGAUGAUAAAAAAAUUGAAGGGCUUAAGAAGAAAAAGGAAGGUCUUGAAUCAGAAUUUGAGAAGCUUGGAUCGAUAAGGGAGAUGCAGCUAAAGGAGUCUGAAGCAUCCGGAAAAAUCAGUGGACUUGAGAAAAAGAUUCACUAUGCGGAAAUCGAAAAGAAAAGUAUUGAAGACAAGCUUCUAAAUUUGGAGCGUGAAAAGGGUACUAUUGCUAAUGAGAUUGGACAAAUCCAGCCUGAACUUGAGGAGUUGAAAAGAAACAUUGAUACGAGGGCACGCGAGAUCUUAUUACGAGAGAAAAGGAUCAAUGACAUUGUUGACAGAAUAUAUAAGAAAUUUAGCGAAUCUGUUGGGGUGAAGAACAUACGGGAGUAUGAAGAAAACCAGCUCAAAGCUGUUCAGCAAAUGGCUGAAGAAAGGCUUAACUUGCAUAACCAACAGUCAAAGCUAAAAUCUCAGUUGGAAUAUGAGCAGAAGCGGGAUAUGAAUUCACGUAUUGUGAAGCUGGAAUCAACUCUUGGUAACUUUAGGAAGCAAUUGGAAGAGAUUGAGGGCAAGCAGGUGGCCCAGAAGUCAGCCAUGGAGAAAGCAACUGAAGAGAUUGAGGGUUACAAUGAAGCAGUGUCCGAUUUGAGGUCUAAAGCUGAAGUGUGCGAAAAGCAUCUGCAGGAUUGGCAGAAAAAGAUUUCUGCUGAGACAACAAGCAUCAGCAAACAUAACCGUCAAAUUAGGUCAAAGGAGGCACAGAUUGAGCAGCUGAAUUCAAGAAAACAAGAGAUACUGGACACGUGUGAAUUGGAGCAGAUACCCCUUCCCACUAUCUCUGAUCCAAUGGAUACUGGAGAAUCGAUGCCGGGCCCCGUUUUUGAUUUCAGUAAUCUGAGUAAACCUUAUCAGCAGAAAAGGAAACCAGCUGAACGGGAGAAGCUUGAGGUGGAAUUUACACAAAAAAUGGCUGCGUUGACGUCAGAGAUUGAAAGGACAGCUCCAAAUCUGAAGGCCCUUGAUCAAUAUAAAGAUCUAUUGAAGAAGGAAGAAGAUGUCACGAAGGAGUUUGAAGUGGCCAAAAAUGAAGAAAAGAAAGUAGCUGAUGAGUAUAAUAGAGUGAAAGAGGCCAGGUAUGAAUUGUUUAUGAAAGCUUUCAAUCAUAUAUCUGGCAAUAUUGACAAGAUAUACAAGCAACUGACAAAGAGCAACACUCAUCCCCUUGGUGGGACAGCCUAUCUCAACUUGGAUAAUGAAGAUGAACCAUUUUUACAUGGCAUUAAGUUUACUGCUAUGCCCCCAACGAAGCGUUUUCGGGAUAUGGAGCAGCUCUCAGGCGGAGAGAAAACUGUUGCAGCACUUGCCUUGCUUUUCGCAAUCCACAGUUUUAGGCCUUCUCCAUUCUUUAUAUUGGAUGAAGUUGAUGCUGCAUUGGAUAAUUUGAAUGUUGCUAAAGUUGCUGGAUUUAUCCGAUCAAAGUCAUGUGGAGGAGCUAGGCUUAAUCAGGAUCCUGAGGAAGGAUGUGGCUUCCAAAGCAUCGUCAUCUCUCUCAAAGACAGCUUUUAUGACAAAGCCGAAGCUUUGGUUGGUGUUUACAGGGAUUCGGACUUGGGUUGCUCGAGGACAUUGACAUUUGAUUUGACCAAGUAUCGGGAAUCAUGAAAAGCCAAUUAGCUGCUGUUUGAGAUUUACUCACCGUAUGAGUUCUUUCCAGAUUGUAUAUAGGUGCUAUUUGUCGUUGUAAAGCAUUUAGGAAUUAUUGUACGAACAUCUGGGAAAAUUGGUUCACUACUAGUUUCCUCGGUCUUUUUGAAAUUUAUUCAGUUUAGUGCUUUAGUAUGAAUUAGUUCGUCAUGUUAAAGUACUGAUGUUGGUGUUAGUGAUGUAUGGCUUAUUUCGGCUUUCACCAGA